UAAAGCUAUCAAUAGAUAGCUUUAAUCAGUAGGUAGCUAUCAAUAGAUAACUAUAUCAGUGAAAAUGGUGGAAUAAAAAACUCCAAAACUCCACACCUCAAUGAAAUCAAUGAGUAUCUGACAAAAAUUGUCAGGAUCAACUUUUUGGAAUCUGGAAACUGUUCAAAAGUUUUCAGCAACCAUGGUGUACUUAUUUUUUAAAAAGUUAAAUAUCAGUAACAACAGCAAACUUUGCAGCAUUUUAACUUGCCCUAGUCCCAUACCUGCUCCCCAGUAGCCUUGAAAAUAACCCCACAUUACCAGUACAAAUACUAGUACUCAUACCAGAUGGAUCAGAAAAGUCUUCAUUUACAAAGAGUUGUCACUGGUUGAUCUCACUGGUGGCUCCCUGGAAAACCUGCUCCAAAGGCUUGUCUUAUCUCAUGUGAAUCAGAACUUAUCCAAUACUAAAGCUGCUAUCUGGAGGCAGAAGAGUAGUUGGUGAAACAUUUAUAGACGAAUGUUUUAGUCACUGCUAUGACUGAAUAGACAGCCACUGGCCAGCCUAAUCCUAAAGAGGAGUAAUUCUUCUUGCCUCCAACAGAAGAGGUGGGAAAGUUUGAUGCAAUUAUGCAGAAGUGCAGAGGUAGAAGGCUGUGGAGGCCUUUCCGUCCAACAACAUUUUUAUUCUUUUGAAGUAAUAAGUGAGGUUCUCUGUUGAGAGAAGGCAAGAGCAUGAGGAAGAAUCAAGGGUAAGUGUGAGAUGUUUGAACACCUGCCUUAGGAAACAAGAAUAGAAACGUACUGAGAUCAAGCAAAAGGAUUGGCAAGCAACAUGGAAGACCAGUUCAGGUGGGAAAGUGUGUGACUUUAUUGGCUCCAGUUUGCAUGGUUGUACAAUCUUCUUAGCAAUACUGGUCAGCCAAGAAACAGGAGUGGAAUUAGUGGGUGGUUAGUGUCAUCUUCUUGGAGGUGAAACAGGAAAUUAGAAAGAGUAAGCAAUUGAGUAAGAUAGUUUGAGUAUCAUUCAAGUGCAUGAACACCAGAUUCAGCCUGUAUAGUAAUGGAAAUUGUCAGUGAGACUGCCAGUCUAGAAAAAUAGGUCCUAUUAAGUUUACAAAGCGAGUUUGGAGAAAACUGGGUUUAGGAACAAUAAGAAAGUGAGAGCUUGACAUAAAGAUCAGAGGAUAAUGCUAUUUGUUUUUGCACUGAGAUAACUAAAAGACUAGAGACACUGGGAACCUGACAAGAGAUAUUGGCAGGGACUGCCUCUGAAAACUACCAAGACCUGCUUGGAGAUUUAUCACUGGAGCUUAAGCCAGGAGCCGGCAAGAGGAAGGCCUACAGAGAGCAAGUGCUUGCUGAGAGCUUUGACUAGAACCAAUGGUGUGACAUGCUAUUGAAAGUAGGAGACAAGAUAUGAGGCUGAGGAAGUCUAUAUAGCCAUUUAUCCAACACCCCAAUCUUAUUCUCCCUUGACCUUCUAGCUCAGUAGAGAUUCCUGGCCUAAAGAAAAACAAUGAAUGUAAAAUUUCCCCCAGGAAACAUAGUAAAGUUAGAUGCCCAGAAAGUUUUAUUGGGAACACAAGCCCGGUACAGAGGAUCUAAAGCUGCUUGCAGCCUACAGAUUCUGUGAGGUGGUAGGUUGUGGGAGAAGGAUUAUAUUAUACAGUACACAGAAAUUUUAGUGGCCUGCUAAAAGCUGUCAGUGACCCACUGGUGUCAGAACUUCAGGUCCUCAUCUCCUAAAGUAGUGCUUUAUGACUGGUGUUGGAUGUGUAUUUUAUCUACUGUGUUUGCACAGAUAUCCCAGUUCAUUCUACCUUAUUAGGGAGGGUAAUGAACUGUCUCUUAAUCAGCCAUGGGAACAAAUUGUAGUAACCAGAAAGCUACCUGAAACGAAGAUUAAGUAUUGUUGUGUUUUUAAUCCUUACAUUUAAAAAAUCAAGUAUAAUGCCUCAUCAAGUCAAUACACAUUCUAGUAAAAAUUUGGGAAAAUACUUGUCAAGCAAUCAAUGAGAUGCAGUGGUUUCACCAUCUCCACUACCACUAGAGGUCAGCACUUAACUCUCAAUAUGGUUCUGUAUAAGGGAAAAGACCAAUUCUCUGAAACGAUCAUCAUCUAUGGUUCCUGUUGUUAUCUCAUGCCAUCUGUCUUGAAUCACAAAGGUGACUGCAUCCCAGAAAACAAGAGAACACUCAAACAAUGGCUGGGAAAAUUGGCCCUGAAACACCAUCCAGACAAGAAUCCAGAUGAUCCGGCUGCUUCUGAGAAGUUUAAAGAAAUCAAUAACGCCCAUGCAAUACUUACCGAUGUCUCAAAGAGAAGCAUAUAUGACAAGUACGGAUCGCUGGGACUCUACGUGGCCAAGCAGUCUGGAGAUGAAAAUGUUAGCACCUAUUUCAUGCUGUCGAGCUGGUGGGCAAAGACCCUGUUUGUUAUCAUCGGCCUUUUGACAGGCUGCUGUUUUUGCUGCUGCCUGUGCUGCUGCUGCAACUGCUGCUGUGGACGUUGCCGGCCCAAGUCAUCGGUGCCAGAAGAGGACUUCUAUGUGUCCCCAGAGGAUCUGGAGGAGAAGAUCAAGUCCGACAUGGAAAAAGGAAAAGGUCCAUGACAUUGACAACUUGCAUCAGAAUGAUGAUCCUAGCGUCUGAAUCCCAUCUGCUCUUGUAAGGGAGAGAAACUGUUAUAAGAUCAUGUCAGGAGUUGCUGGCCCCAUAGACCAUGGGACCUCCCACAACAUCCAUCAACCCGGCCCAGUACUCAGUCACUGACAGAGGACCAGAAGAGACAGCAAGACAGGAGAGUAUCUUCAUCAUCCUCCACUGGGCCUACUUAUCUGAACUUUUCCUUUAGAGGGGGAAAACCAAACCCAGGUGAAUUGAACCUAGAUAUCCCCCAUCCAGUGUUUCAUACUCUCUGAACAGCCUAACAGUCUUUCCUGCUUUAAAUUAGGUAAAAGCUCCACCAGGACAUUGCAAUAGACCUUCUUUGCAGAAGACUUCUUUUCUGGAACAGAAAUCCAUAGUAGGUGCCAGAUUCCACCCAGGUAUCCUCCCUGCUGGGUGAUUGGUGAUGAAUCUACAUGUCUCUCACUGUUCUCAGCUCUGACACCCCAGAGCUACCAAUUUUAUCACAGAGGUCAGAUCCUGGGUGAAGUAAACCGUGAUCCUGUUUGACUGUGUUAUUAAGAAUUCUCAACCAAAAGGAAAAGCUUUAUCUUAUUUUUAAAUAGUUAGCAGCUCCUAUGCAGGGAUCCAGAUUUUGUGGGACUUGAAAUUUACACCAUUUGGGCAACCCUCUUUAAGAAAAAGGACACAAGAUUAGAUUAGAAAGUGAGUAUUUAUUUAGAAUGAGAAAAAGAAAUCACAAGUUGCAAGGCUUCAAUACUUAACAAUACCAUAAGUUUCACAAAAUCUAGAAAAAUAGCAAUUGUUUAACUAACUGCCUGGCACACCACUGCAAUAUGAAUCCUGGCUGGGAGGUAAUUAAAUCUUAAUGCUCCAAAAUCUCCUUUGACUUUAUGUCUCAUAUCCAGGGCAUGUUGAUUGAAGAGGUGGGCUCCUGGAGCCUUGGGCAGCUCUGCCCCUGUGGGUCUGCAGUACAGUCCCUGUGGCUGCUUUUCCCAGCUGGUAUUGAGUGCCUGAGGCUUUUCCAGGCUCUUGGUGCAAGCUGUUGAUGAAUCUACCUUUCUGGGGUUUGGAGGUUGGGGACCUUCUUCUCACAGCUCCACUAGGCAGUGCCCCAGUGGGGACUCUGUGUGGGGGCUCCAAACCCACAUUUUUUUUCUGCACUGCCCUAGCAGAGUUUCUCCAUGAAGGCUUAACUCCUGCAGCAGACUUCUGCCCAGACAUCCAGGCAUUUCCAUACAUCCUCUGAAAUCUAGAGGGAGGAUCCCAAAGUUCAACUCUAAUUUUCUGCAAGCCUGCAGGCUCAAUACCAUGUGGAAGCCAACAAAGGUUUGAGGCACCAUCUGAAGCAAUAGCCUGGGCUGUACCUUGCCCCUUUAUGCCUCACCUGGAGCUGGAGUGGCUGGGAUGCAGGGCACCACAUCUUGAAGUUGCACAGAGCAGUGGGGCCCUGGACCUGGCCCAAGAAGCCAUUUUUUUUCCUCCUAGGUCUCCAGGCCUAUGAUGGGAGGGCCUUUUGUGAAGGUCUGUACAUGUCCUGGAGACAUUUUCUCCAUUGUCUUGACUAAUAACAUUCAGCUUCUCAUUACUUAUGCAAAUUUCUGCAGCAGGCUUGAAUUCCUCCCCAGAAAAUUGAUUUUUCUUUUCUACCAUAUAGUCAGGCUACAAAUUUUCCAAACCUUAUGCUCUGCUUGCUUUUUAAACAUAAUUUCCAAUUUCAAAUCCUCUCUUUGUGAACACGUAUAACUAAUGGUUUUAGAAUUAGCCAGGUCACCUCUUGAAUGCUUUGCUGCUUAGAAAUUUCUUCCAUCAGAUACCCUAAAUAAUCUCUCUCAAGUUCAAAGUUCCACAAAUCUCUAGGAUAGGGGGACAAUUCUGUCAGUCUUUUUGCUAAAACAUAGCCUGACUGACCUUUGCUACAGUUCCCAGUAAGUUUCUCAUCUCCAUCUGAGACCAUCUCAGCCUGGACUUCAUUGUCCAUAUCACUAUCAGCAUUUUAGUCAAAGACAUUCAACAAGUCUCCAGAAAGUUCCAAACUUUCCCAUAUCUCCUGUCUUCUUCUGAGCCCUCCAAAGUGUUCCAACCUCUGCCUGUUACCCAGUUCCAGAAUCACUUCCAUAUGUUCAGGUUAACUUUAUAGUAGUACCCCACUCUGCCUGUAUCAAUUUUCUGUAUUAAUCUAUUAUCACUCUGCUAUAAAGAUACUGAGACUGGUUUAAUUGACAUCCCAGUUAUGCAUGGCUUGGGAAACCUCAGGAAAUUUACAAUCAUGGAGGAAGGUAAAGGAGAAGUAAGUACUUUCUUCACAAGGCAGCAGGAGGAGUGAGUGAAAGGGAAGUGCCACAGUUUUAACUUAAUCAGAUCUUAUGAGAACUCAUUCACUAUCAUGAGAACAGCAUGGGGGAAACCGUCUACAUGAUCCAAUCACCUCCCUCCAUAAUUGGGGAUUACAAUUUGAGAUGACAUUUGGGUGGGAACACAGAGCCAAACCAUAUCAGUAACCAAACACCACAAAUUUCACUUUUAAGUACAUGUUAUAGGACAUGAUAACUAUUUUAAUUUAUGGAAAUCCAAAUUUGAAAUAUAAAAUCCUUCCUUACCCAUUGACUCAUUUAAAAAACUACUAGAAAUAGUUUUCACCUUCCUUAAUUUUAACAAUUCUAAUUACGAAUCUAAGACUUUUUCUUGCAUAUUUGUUAUAUGCCUACUCCUCGACUCUAGCUAAAGUCUAAGGUACCUUUUGAUGGUGUAAAAUGGCACCAAUUUCUGUUCAGUAAUGGUGGUACAGGGUGGGAUUUGGUAGCAGAGGGGAGAGAUUUGUUUGUGUUUUUAUAUCCCUCUAAACUUUAUCAGAGAGUAUAAUCCAGCUUCUACCUUUAAGAAAUAAAGGUGGGGGAAGUUCAAACAGUGGCAUCUUCGGUAUUCACUGGCAUCUACAGAACUUAUAAGCAGAUUCCGAUGUGUUUCUUAAAAAUAGAAAUAUGCUCCUAAGGGGAUCCCAGGAACACAGAGGCAUUCUAUUGUUCUUAUGAAUCAAUAAAGAUCAAAUGGAAGGAAGACAGAUAGCGUCUUGGGGGAACCCUUCCCCAGUUUUGUUGUCUUUGAAAAUUUGAAACCUUAAAGGUAAAAGGUAACAGGUACAAAGUUAUUUCCCUUACUUUUAUACUUUCACAAAUUAGGAGUUCUAACUUUGUGAAAUUCUGGGUGGUAUAUUAAAAAUAAGCCCACUUAGACCCUGUACUCCUCUAGUAGCUGAAGGCCAUAAUGAAAUCAGAAUUCCACUAUAAGGGCUUUACAGACCAUCUUGAGAGAGAGCCUUGUUUAGUGGGACAAUGUAUGUGUAUGUAGUGUGUGUGUGUGCUCACGCAUGCAUAUGUGCGUGUCUGUGUGUGUGACGGGAGGGGAGAGAGAGAAAGCGAGAGAGAGACAAGGUAGGGAAGCAAGAGCCCAAAUUGGAACCAGUUAUCUCUAACCACCCUGGCAAAGCAAACCCAAAAUACAAGAGCUAAAUUCAGUUUGGUUUUUCCAAGCUGAAGUCACAGAAUGACACCUGACCAAAAUUUCCAGCUAAACCCUAAAAAAAAAACAUUGUGGAAUCAUGAUUUCCCCAUUUUUUUUAAGGAGGGAGAAUAAAAGAAGAGUUUUGGCCGGGCGCGGUGGCUCAAGCCUGUAAUCCCAGCACUUUGGGAGGUCGAGGCGGGUGGAUCACGAGGUCGAGAGAUCGAGACCAACCUGGUCAACAUGGUGAAACCUGUCUCUACUAAAAAUGCAAAAAAUUAGCUGGGCAUGGUGGCGCGUGCCUGUAAUCCCAGCUACUCAGGAGGCUGAGGCAGGAGAAUUGCCUGAACUCAGGAGGCAGAGGUUGCGGUGAGCCGAGAUUGCGCCAUUGCACUCCAGCCUGGGUAACAAGAGCAAAACUCCGUCUCAAAAAAAAAGAAGAAGAGUUUUAUACUAUUGACCUUGGAUCUAAAAAUGUGAGAUUCAGUGCAUAGAAAAAAUCUGUUGACUGCUUAACUGUUCUUGCCACUCACCUGGAUAAAACCCAAAUACAUUCACUGAGAUGAAGAGGCCAUAUGGCUUGUAAUUAGACUCUCACUCUUGGCCAAGAUAUUGAGACAUUUAUUACAUUGCUAUUUAGCAUUCAUCACAUCUUACUACCCAGGAAAAAGGCACUAAGGAAGAGAUUAAAUUCAUCCUUCAUCUUUUUGCCACUCCCCACUCAAGCUUCCUCCUAUCCACUUUCCCCAAUUAAAAGGAAUCAAUUUCUAAAAAUAAUGCAUGGAAAGCAAUGCUUGUACCUCAUCAAGAAUGCUUCUUCUUUAUAUGAAAAUAUCAAGCAAGCAGCAUCAAGGUCUUGGGCCAGAGCAGUAGACAGGUGAGUCAGUUCUGAAUGCUCCCCCAAAAAGCAGCUCAAAGGGAUCCCAAGAUUUAUUUGACUUUUGGCUGUCAAGGUUCAGUGAGCAAACUUACUGGUCGGGUUUACUGAGAGUCUUUCAACAGAAAACAUUUACUGAGCACUUAAUAUUUAUCUGAUGCUGUGCUAGGGGCUAGAGAAAAUAAAGACAUAGUUCCUGAUACUUUGGACCUUACAAACUAGCAGGGGAGAUGAGGAGACAAAUAUUAAGUAAAUAAUCACACAAAUAACUAGUUAAUUUACAGGCACCAUAACCCUGCCAAAGGAGAAGCACAGGGGCUGUGAAAGUGAACACUUGGGGCCUCACCUGCAUGCAGGUUGAGGAUACUUUCCUGGGAAGUGACAUUUAAAGCAGAAGACUUCAAGAAGGAGGCAGAGUUUAGGGGUAAGGGAUUCUGGGGAUAGUGCACUCUAGAAGGGAUUAAGCUUAUCUUAGCACAAGCAAAGAAUUGUCACAGCCUCUCCCUAUAUUCUUGUGGAUAAGAUGGUGAAUUGUGCUCUGUAUGCCAAGAAAGGUAGGUAGAGUCAUAUUGGACUGUUCUAUUGAAUAGUUUUAUCAAGUAAUUGAAUGAAGCAGAAGUUGUGCAAUGACUGUUUUUGCAAAGAAACCCAAACUGAGAUAUGCUUAGACAAAGGUUCAAACCAUCAAAAUGAAACCUGAUAAAUGGAAGUAGCUGGAAUCCCCAACAGUUUGCUAGAAAAGUGCAAGAGUGGGUAGGAUUACCUGGGAAAGGGAGAAAAGAACUUGAGAGACUACGUGGAGAAAAAUGCAAAAAUGUAGAGGGGAGGUAAAAUAUUAUUCAGCCAUAAAAAGGAAUGAGGUGCAAAUACAUGUGGAUGCUACAAUGUGGAUGAACCUGGAAAGAUCGUGCUAGAUGGAAGAAGCUGACACAAAAGGACAAAUAUUGUAUGAUUCCAUUUAUAUGAAAUAUUCAGAAUAGGUAAACCAGAGAGGCAGAAAGUAGAUUGGUGGUUGCCAGGGCCUGUGGGGCAGGAAGAAUAGGGAGUUUAAUGGAGACUGAGUUUCCUUUUGGGGAGAUAAAAAUGUUUUGCAAUUAGACAAAGUGUGAGUCAUACAUGAAUUGUGUAUGUACUUAAUGCCACUGAAUUGUUCACUCUAAAAUGGUUGAUUUUAAGUUACGUGAAUCUUAUCUCAAUUUAAAAAAUAGAGGAAAAAGUAGAGGAGAGGGUAGACCACGAUUUGACUAGAGAAAGAAACUGAACAGCUUUCCUUCAGAAAAGGAGAGUCCUUUGUUCUCUGCAGAUUCACGCAGCACAGGGAGUGGAGGCUAUCACAGGCCUAGGCCUAAGAAAGGCAUCAGCAUUCAUGAAGAGUGGGGACCCGGCAAAGGCAACUCAGCCUUUUACACCAGCUAACUUGAGGGCAGUCCACGCCAGGGGCUAGGACAGAGGGUUGUGGUUGAGGCCCAGCUCAGGCCUCAGCUCUCUAAGUUACUGGUUGAGGUUCUGGGAGUAAUUCACCUAACUCCUUUACCUGUUAUUGUUUAUCUCCAAUAUUAAAUAGAUACAAAUAAAUAUGGCCUGACUUUCUCAGAAAAAGAAUAUUACCAUCACCUUUAGAGUUCUUUGUUUGCUCUUCCCUCCUCAGAAGUAAUGAUCUUAAAUCAUGUGUAAUCAGUUCUUCCUAUUCUUUUUAGUAUUACAACUUUAUUUGUAAUCCUAAUGGCAUACUGCUUGGUUUUCUCUAUUUUUGAACUUUAAAUGAAUAGAUUUAUACACAAUAAUUAUUUUUCUUCAACUUUCUUUAUUUUUACUCUGUAGUAUUUCAUUAAAAAAUAACUUUGGCCGGGCGCGGUGACUCACAUCUGUAAUCCCAGCACUUUGGGAGGCCGAGGCGGGUGGAUCAUGAGGUCAAGAGAUCGAGACCAACCUGGUCAACAUGGUGAAACCCCCGUCUCUACUGAAAAUACAAAAAAUUAGUUGGGCAUGGUGGCGCGUGCCUGUAAUCCUAGCUACUCAGGAGGCUGAGGCAGGAGAAUUGCCUGAACCCAGGAGGCGGAGGUUGCAGUGAGCCGAGAUCGCGCCAUUACACUCCGGCCUGGGCAACAAGAACGAAACUCCAUCUCAAAAAAAAAAAAAAAAAUCAAUAAAAAAAAAAUAACUUCAACUUUUAUUUUUGAUUUGGGGGUACAUGUGCAGGCUUGCUACUUGGGUAUACUGUGUGAUGCUGAGGUACAGGGUACAGAUCCCAUCACCCAGGUAAUGAGCAUAGUAGCCAAUAGGUGGUUUUUCAACCCAUGCCCCCUUCUCCCCUCCCCAACUCUAGCAGCCUGAAAUGUCUGUUACUACCAUUUUAUGUCCAUGUGUGCUCCAUUCAACGUUAUCCUUCCGAGAUUCAUUCACAUUGUGGCUGUCAUUCAUUCAUUGUAGUAUAAUAUUUUGAGAGAACAUCCCAUAAUUUACUCAUCCAUUCUAUUACUAAUAAACAUUUGAAUACAGUCCACUUUUUGCCAUUACAAAUGGUGCUGUUAUGAAUGUUGUUGCACAUAUUUUCUGGUGCAUGAAUGCUGUAGUUUUUCUAGGUAUAUACAGAGGAUGCAAUUACUUAAUCAAAGGAUACGCACUUGUACAACUUACUACGUCACACCAAGCAGUUCUGCAAAAUUGUUGCACUAAUUUACAUUUUCACUAACAGUUAAUAAGAGUUCCUGUUGCCCGACACUCUUGCCUACACUUGACAUCCCCUGAUGGUAAAGGUGUGACAAUCUGGUAAUCUGGUAGGUGGGAAAUGGUGUGCCAUUGUGGUUCUGGUUUUUAUCUCCUUAAUUACUGGUAAGGUUGAACAUCUAUUCAUAUUUUAAUCGUUCAUUUAAAUUUCCCCUUCUAUGAAAUGCCCAUUCAGAUCUUUUGCUGGUUUUAAAGUUAUAUCAUCUGCCUUUUCCUUACUGAUUUUUAAAAUAUUCUGGGUAUUGAUUCUUCACUGCUUAUGUUCAUUUAAAACAUAUUCUCCCAGUUUGUGACUUGGUGGUUUGUUUUUGUUUGUUUGUUUUUGAGAUGGAGUCUUGUUCCCAUUGCACAGGCUGUAGUACAGUGGCACAAUUUUCGCUCCCUGCAACCUCCACCUCCCAGAUUCAUGCAAUUCUCCUUCCUCAGCUUCUUGAGUAGCUGGGAUUACAGGUGUGCACCACCAUGCCUGGCUAAUUUUUUUGUGUGUUUUUAGUAGAGGCUUCGCUAUGUUGGCCAGGCUGGUCUUGAACUCCUGACCUCAGGUAAUCCACCCUCCUUGGCAUCCCAAAGUGCUACGAUUAUAGGCAUGAGCCACGGCGCCUGGCCAGUAUUUUACUCUUUAUGGCGUCUUUGGAUGAAACGAAGUUCAUGACCUUAAUAUAGUCAGACUUCCAAUCUUUGCCUUUAUGUUUAGUGAUUUUUGUGUUUUGAUUAAAAAAUCCUGUACUACCUCAAACAUAUAAAGAUGUUCUCCUAUAUAGCUUUUCAAAGUUUUAUAGUUUUGCCUUUUCACAUGUAAGAAUUUAAUCAUGUAGAAUUGAUUUUUAUAUGUGGUAUGAUGGGGGACUCCAAUUUCAUCUUUUUCCAGACAGAAAGCAAAUUGUUCCAGCACACUGAUUUCUAAUUUUGGUUUUGAUAUACAUUAAGUUUCAAUAGAUAUAUGGAGCAGUUUCUGGGCUUUCUGUUUUAGUCUAUUUGUUUAUUUUAUGCAAUACCAAGCCCAUUUAUAACAAUCCCUAAUAUUUGUUUAAGCAAAUCCUCCUCACUUGUACUUCAGGUGACCAUAUAUCCUUAGCAUUUUGCUUUCUUAUAUAAAUCUCAAAAUCGGGUUUGUCAAGUUCUUUAACAAGAAUUCCCUAAGCAAAACUUUGUCAGAUCUUGGUUAGACUUGCAGUGAAUCUACAGAUCAAUAGGUAAAAUUGACACCUUUAAGAAUUUGAGUUUUUAAUAUGUGACAUGGUAUAUUUCACCAUUUAUUGGCUUUCACUAAGGAUAUAUU